AUGAACGUCGCAGCGUUGUCUGCCGCCGCGGUGGGGGUCACGGCGCCCCGCGUCGCCGUCUCGACCGGCGCGGCGCGGCGCGACGCGCGUCUCCCGAGCGCGGCCUCGCUGGUAAAAACGAGGGGAUCCUUCGUCGAUCCCCUUCGCGCGACGCCCGGGGGUAAGGAAGAGGCCGAAAGUCGAGAGGUGCUGGACGCGUUCUUCGUGGGCAAGGCGCUCGCGGAGGUUCUGCUCGAGAAGGCGGGAGAGGCGGUCUCCGAGGCGCUCAGCACGGUCGGUCGGCUGGAAGCCGAGAGAGAUGAAGCCGUCCGCCAGUUUCAGGAGGACGUCCUGGCCAAGGCGAGGGACGCUCAGCGGAGGGAGAGGGGCGGGGAAGACCAGAUCAGGUGA